AUGGCCGAGAAAAGGAACGAUACCGCCGAGGUUAUUGCACCUUCUUCGACUGAGUCUCAGCUUGGGACCGUCCAGGAAUUGUCCAACGAUGCCCUUCAGCUUGCUGCCCUCGGUCACAAAGAAGAACUUGAAAGAAACUUCGGCUUGCUCGCAUUGGCCGGUCUGGGCUUCGUCUGCUCUGGCAGUUGGUCUGGAGUCGCCCAGUCACUGGUCGCCGCCAUCUUAAGUGGAGGACCUUCAGUCCUCGUUUAUGGAGCUCUCAUUAUUCCCUCCAUGAUCAUCUUCGUGGUCUUGUCUCUGGCUGAAAUAGCUUCGGCCUAUCCUACCACCGCUGGACCGCUUGAAUGGACAUACCGACUGGCUCCCCGCAAGCAUGCUGCCUUUUUGAGCUGGAUGACCGGCUGGUCCAACAUGUUGUCUUGGAUCGUGGGAGCUUCAGCCAACGUUGCUGUCAUGACCUUCCAGAUCGUCUUCCUGGCCAAUCUGUUCCACCCUAGCUACGAGUCCAAGUCGUGGCACGUCUUCCUGAUCAUGGAAGCCCUUCUCAUCCUGAACUGCCUUAUGAACGUCUUUGGCACCAGAAUACUUCCUCUAGUCGAUACAGCAGGCUUCUGGUGGUUCCUUGCCUCUUUCUUCGUCGUCGGCAUCACAGCUGUGGCAGCUGCGAACCCCCAUCAGCCCGCAAAGUUCGUGUUUGCAACCUUUAUCAACCAGACGGGGUGGGACAACAGCUUUGUUGUCUUCAUGAAUGGAUUGAUCAUCACCGCAGGAAACUUCGUUGCACUGGACAGUAUCAGCCAUCUGUCCGAAGAGAUGCCCAAUCCCAGUCGCACUGUUCCCCGGGCCAUGAUCAUGACCAUCACAAUUGGGGCUUUGACAGACUUCAUCGUUUGCAUCCUGCUGAUGUUCUCGGUCGGUCAGGAUAUAGAAGAGUUCUUCAACAGCGGCGCUCCUUAUCUUACUAUCAUGCUUACGUCCACGGGCUCCAAGGCUGCUGUCGCCUGCAUCUCCACGAUGCAACUGGUCAACAACUUCAACAGCACCACGUCUGUCAUCCAGGUUGGAAGCCGCAUCAUCUGGGCCUUCGCACGAGACGGCGGUUUCAUCUUCCCAAAGUAUUUCAGCAAGGUCAACAAAAGCCUGGCUUGCCCCGUUCCCGCCGUCAUCAUGUCCUGGGCGAUUGCGGCUCUGAUCUCGGUCUUGUAUCUCGCAUCGACCACUGCCUUCAACGCAUUGAUGUCCUGCCUGGUCAUCUUGGGCUAUUUCGCCUACGGAGUGCCCAUUCUCUGCUUGUUGCUCCGUGGGAGAGUCCUCGAUCGGGAAGGUACCUUCAAACUCGGAAAAGCGGGCUGGACCAUCAACAUUCUGGCCCUGUGCUUCAUGUCUUUCCUCACAAUUUUCUUUUGCUUCCCCGUCUAUCUUCCUGCGACCAAGAACAAUAUGAACUAUGCCAGCCUGGUGAGUGUGGGUUUAAUGCUCAUUGCAUACCUCCUGUGGAUCUUUGUGGGUAAGAAAAACUUCAAGGGUCCAUCUCUCGCCGGUAUUGUUGUGGCCGAUGAUGCGGUGGCACAGGAGAAAGAUGUUUGA